GCUAGGUGACUUGCGUCAUCGGUCCGCGCCGUUUUCCUCCCGCCCCUCUCUCUGGAGUGAGGCGAGAGCCCCGCACUGAGCGAGGGAGACAGCGAGCUGAGCUCGGGGCGCUACCGCCGCCGCCGCCGAGAGCGUGAGAGCGAGGGAGCAUCCGAGAGACCCAGCGCCCGUGCACUGGCCGCCGCCGAGACCUCCGCCCUAACCUGGGCCAGCGGGAGCCGCGGCCACCCCUCUUCUCCCCCCCUCGCCUUCCCGGCCGGCAGCGGCGGCUGCACACGCCGGAGCCCGAGCCCGAGCCGGAGCCGGCGGCUGGGGGGCAGGGAGGCGGCUACCUCGGGUCGGGACUAGUCGGCUGCUCCGCGGUGAGAGGACGCUGAGGAGGGGCCGGAGCUUCUGUCCGUUCCGGGGCGCGGGGCGAGGGACCCCCAAGGUGGAGGGAGGGGGUCCCAGCCGCAGCGACACAUGCUGGAGCCGGGAGCGGGGGCGGCGCCGAGCGGAGCCGGCCGGGUCCCCCACCUCGCCGCCGCCUCGACCACCCGCCCGGGGCCGUAGCAUCUUGCCCCGGAGUGUAUGAGCCGGGACCCCAAGCCCGGCAACCACCCCCCGACCGGGGGGGCGGGGACCCCGAUGUGAAGCGGAGGCCGGGGCGGCGGGGACAGCAGGACCGGCGCCGCCGUCCUUUCCUUCCCUGCCCCCUCCCCUCCGCCCCCUCGGGGGUCUUCUUUUUCGGCCAGUCGCCGGCCCCCCGGCUCCUCGGCAGGACUCCGGGAGGAGUUCUUAGAGCCCCCUCCCCCGCCCCAGCCCCGAGGGCGGCGGGGCCGGGGGGGACCCGGGGGGCCGGCCGCAGCCUCCGCCCAGAAGAAACUUUUCAAAAACAAAAUCCGGAGCCUCCCAAACGUGACUGUCUGGGGAGAAGUGGCCCGGGACGGGCAGAAGACCCAGCCUGAAGAGACCCAGGAAGAGGAAAAGAGGAGGUAAGCGGGGCCGCCGCCUCGUCUGCUCCGGCGGCGCGGAAGAGACCCGGGUGGCCGCCGGCUUAGCGAUCCCAGCCCCGCUUCUUCCUCAGUAAAGCGCCGGAGCCUGCCGCAGCUGCCGCCUGAGUCCCGAGGAGGAAGGGAAGCACCCCACUUUCUCAGCGCCCGGCUCUUCUCUAAAGUGGAGUCUCAACGAGAUUUUUAAAAGGCUAUCAAAUAUUUGGAUUACUUCCUUAGGAUAGAUUGCCAGAAGUGGAGUGACUGGGUCAGAGGAAUGUGAAAACCUUUGCAUCUUCUGAUAGUCUAGCCAAGGUCCAAGAAGUAGCAAGCUGGCUUUUGGAAAUGAAUCAGGAACUGCUCUCUGUGGGCAGCAAAAGACGACGAACUGGAGGCUCUCUGAGAGGUAACCCUUCCUCAAGCCAGGCAGAUGAGGAGCAGAUGAAUCGCGUGGUGGAGGAGGAACAGCAGCAGCAGCAGCUAAGACAACAAGAGGAGGAGCACACUGCAAGGAAUGGGGAAGUCGUUGGAGCAGAACCUAGACCUGGAGACCAAAGUGAUUCCCAGCAAGGACAAUUGGAAGAAAACAAUAACCGGUUUAUUUCAGUAGAUGAGGACUCCUCGGGAAACCAGGAGGAACAAGAGGAAGACGAAGAACAUGCUGGUGAACAAGAUGAGGAGGAUGAAGAGGAAGAGGAAAUGGACCAGGAGAGUGAUGAUUUUGAUCAGUCUGAUGACAGCAGCAGGGAAGAUGAACAUACACAUAGUAACAGUGUCACAAACUCUAGUAGUAUCGUGGACCUGCCUAUUCACCAACUCUCCUCUCCGUUCUAUACAAAGACAACAAAAAUGAAAAGAAAGUUGGACCAUGGUUCUGAGGUCCGCUCUUUUUCUUUGGGAAAGAAACCAUGCAAAGUCUCAGAAUAUACAAGUACCGCUGGCCUCGUACCAUGUUCAGCAACACCGACAACUUUUGGAGACCUGAGAGCAGCCAAUGGCCAAGGGCAACAACGACGCCGAAUUACAUCUGUCCAACCACCUACAGGCCUCCAGGAGUGGCUGAAAAUGUUUCAGAGCUGGAGUGGACCAGAGAAAUUGCUUGCUUUAGAUGAACUUAUUGAUAGUUGUGAACCAACACAAGUAAAACAUAUGAUGCAAGUGAUAGAACCCCAGUUUCAGCGAGACUUCAUUUCCUUGCUCCCUAAAGAGCUGGCACUUUAUGUGCUUUCAUUCCUGGAACCCAAAGACCUGCUACAAGCGGCUCAGACGUGUCGCUACUGGAGAAUUUUGGCUGAAGACAACCUUCUCUGGAGAGAGAAAUGUAAAGAAGAGGGUAUUGAUGAACCAUUGCACAUCAAGAGAAGAAAAGUAAUAAAACCAGGUUUCAUACACAGUCCAUGGAAAAGUGCAUACAUCAGGCAGCACAGAAUUGAUACUAACUGGAGGCGAGGAGAACUCAAGUCUCCUAAGGUGCUGAAAGGACAUGAUGAUCAUGUGAUCACAUGCUUACAGUUUUGUGGUAACCGAAUAGUUAGUGGUUCUGAUGACAACACUUUAAAAGUUUGGUCAGCAGUCACAGGCAAAUGUCUGAGGACAUUAGUGGGACACACAGGUGGAGUAUGGUCAUCACAGAUGAGAGACAAUAUCAUUAUUAGUGGAUCUACAGAUCGGACUCUCAAAGUGUGGAAUGCGGAGACGGGAGAAUGUAUACACACCUUAUAUGGGCAUACUUCCACUGUACGUUGUAUGCAUCUCCAUGAAAAAAGAGUUGUUAGUGGUUCUCGAGAUGCCACCCUUAGGGUUUGGGAUAUUGAGACAGGCCAGUGUUUACAUGUUUUGAUGGGUCAUGUAGCAGCGGUCCGCUGUGUUCAAUAUGAUGGCAGAAGGGUUGUGAGUGGAGCGUAUGACUUUAUGGUGAAGGUGUGGGACCCAGAGACGGAGACCUGUCUGCACACAUUGCAGGGGCACACCAACAGGGUCUACUCGUUACAGUUUGAUGGCAUCCAUGUGGUGAGUGGAUCUCUUGAUACAUCAAUCCGAGUUUGGGAUGUGGAGACAGGGAAUUGUAUUCAUACGUUAACAGGACACCAGUCGUUAACAAGCGGCAUGGAACUCAAAGACAACAUUCUUGUCUCUGGGAAUGCAGAUUCUACAGUUAAAAUCUGGGAUAUCAAAACAGGACAGUGUUUACAAACAUUGCAAGGUCCCAACAAGCAUCAGAGUGCUGUGACCUGUUUACAGUUCAACAAGAACUUUGUAAUUACCAGCUCAGAUGAUGGAACUGUAAAACUAUGGGACUUGAAAACGGGUGAAUUUAUUCGCAACCUAGUCACAUUGGAGAGUGGGGGGAGCGGGGGAGUCGUGUGGCGGAUCAGAGCCUCAAACACAAAGCUGGUGUGUGCAGUCGGGAGUCGCAACGGGACGGAGGAAACCAAGCUGCUGGUGCUGGACUUUGAUGUGGACAUGAAGUGAGGAGCAGGAAAGGUGGCAUCGUCCCAACGUGUAGACGACAUACUCCCUGCCCUUCCCCCUGCAAAAGAAAAAAAAAGAAAAAAGAAAAGAAAAAGAAAAAAAAUCCCUUGUUCUCAGUGGUGCAGGAUGUUGGCUUGGGGCAACAGAGCGAAAAGACCUACAGACUCAGAAGGAAAAGAGGAAGCGAUGACAAACCGCAACUGACAAGAGAGGCGCCUGCCGGCUCGUCCCGGAAAAAGCUUCACUUUGGACUGAGGGCAGCUUUGCAAAACGAGACUUUCGAAAUCAAACCAGGUGCAAUUAUUUCUUUAUUUUCUUCUCCAGUGGUCGCUGGGCAGCGUUACUGCAGAGACGUCGUUACAGAUUCUGCUAGCCUGUUCUUUUACCACUGAGACCUAGAAAGAAGCUGCAGUAACAUCCACACAGUACCGGUGGACUUUCUCACCAGAGAGCAUCUGCAACAAAAAGUCAUUUUUCUGGAGCGGAAAAGCUAAAAAGGAAAAAAAUUACUGUGAAUUGUUUUUGUACAGUUAUCAUGAAAAGCUUUUUUUUUUUUUUUUUUU